CCAUCGACUUCUUCAGUCCGGGCUUGGCCAGUCAAGGACCAGGAAGGCAGAAGCGGUAGAAGAUAAUGGCUGGUUUUGGCGGGAAAAAGGUGCGCCAAAUGCUCGGAGGCAAUGGUCUGGGCCACGUCAUCGCUGCGGCGGCCGUUACUCUCCUCCUCCGCCUAUUCUCUAGUCCUGCACCUGCCGCACUCUUGCCGGAAAACGAGAAUGACGACCCCUGCGAUAAGGAGGAGGAUGCCGACGCCGGUAAAGCUCCGGUUUCCGGAAAAGUUUCUCCAGUCACAAUCCGUUGGAGCAAUAUCACGUGCUCCCUGUUCCGUAAAUCCUCCGAGCCUGUGAAAUUUUUGCUUAAAAAUGUGAGUGGGGAAGCACAACCUGGAAGGCUAUUAGCUAUAAUGGGGCCGUCGGGUUCAGGAAAAACUGCGUUGCUUGAUGUUCUUGCAGGCCAGCUGGCGGCAUCACCUCAGUUGCAUUUGUCAGGCCUUUUGGAGUUCAACGGAAAGCCAAGUUCAAACAAAACUUUCAAGUUUGCUUAUGUAAGACAGGAAGAUCUAUAUUUCUCUCAGCUCACGGUGCGGGAAACACUGUCUCUUGCUUCAGAACUACAGCUUCCUGGCAUUUCUGUUAAAGAGAGAGAUGAAUAUGUGGAUAAUCUUCUGUUCAAACUAGGCCUGGUCAGUUGUGCUCAUACUGAAGUUCUUGGAAUCAGUAGUGGUGAAAAGAAGCGCCUAACUCUAGCAAGUGAGCUGAUUGCAUGCCCAUCUGUAAUAUUUGCUGAUGAACCCACCGCCGGACUUGAUGCCUUCCAAGCUGAGAAAGUCAUGGAGACUCUUCAACACCUGGCACAUGAUGGUCAUACGGUAAUUUGCUCUAUACAUCAGCCAAGAGGUUCAGUGUAUAGCAAAUUGGAUGACAUUGUCUUGCUAACAAAGGGUUCACUUAUUUAUGCUGGUCCUGCUCAUAAAGAAAUAUUGACGUACUUCUCAAAAUUUGGGUACCACUGCCCAGAUCAUGCGAGUCCUGCUGAAUUUUUGGCUGAUCUUGUAUCCAUUGACUAUAGUUCUGCUGAAAGUGUCCAUUCCUCUCAAAAAAGAGUUGAUGGUCUUGUAGAUUUAUUCUCACAAAGACUACCUACGAUAGUUUAUGCAACUCCAAUUGCAAGAGAUGAGCUCUCCAAAGGUGUUAAAAAAAUCAGCAAAAGAACUUUAGCUAGGAAGAAAGGAGGCUGGUGGAAACAAUUCUGGUUGCUCCUCAGGCGAGCAUGGAUACAGGUCUUCCGUGAUGGGCCAACAAACGAAGUAUGGGCAAAAAUAUCAUUUACAUCAGCAAUAACACUUGGGUCUGUUUUCUGGAAAAUGGGAAGAUCUCAGACUUCAAUACAAGACAGAAUGGGAUUGCUUCAGGUUGCUGCAAUAAGCUCAGCUAUGGCAGCUCUCACAAAGACUACAGGACUGUUUCCAAAGGAACGUGCAGUUGUUGAUAGAGAACGUACUAAGGGCUUAUAUGACGUGGGUCCUUAUCUCUUUUCAAAAUUGUUGGCUGAGAUUCCCGUUGGAGCAGUGUUUCCAUUGACGUUUUGUGCUAUUUUAUACCCCAUGGCACGUCUUCAUCCUACUUUGCUAAGAUUUGGCAAAUUCUGUGGUAUUGUCACUAUAGAAUUUUUUGCUGCAUCCGCAAUGGGACUUGCUGUAGGGGCUAUGGCUCCAACCACUGAUGCAGCAAUGAUAGUGGGUCCCUCUCUUAUGACAAGUUUUGCUGUAUUUGGAGGCUACUACGUCAAUCCUGAGAAUACUCCAAUCAUCUUCCACUGGAUUCCACGUGUUUCUCUGAUUAGAUGGGCCUUUCAGGGACUUUGCGUCAAUGAGUUCAGGGAUCUUCAAUUUGAUCAUCAGCAUCCAUUUGAUGUUCAAACUGGUGAACAGGCACUAGAGCGCAUAUCCUUUGGAGGACUUAGAAUCAAGGAUACGGUGAUAGCACAAAGCAGAAUACUGGUAUUUUGGUAUUGCACUGCCUACUUUCUCUUACGGAUAAAUAAGCCCAAGUACCAGCAACUUGAGCCACCCCUUUAUCCCAACAUGUCCCAUGUAAAACUUGAAGAGUUAGACACAGAUCAUGUUGAUCAGCCUCUUGAUUCUUCAUCAGUAGGUCAAGUUGAAUCCAGCCUGCGGCUUCAAUCUCCUCAGCUUGAUCUUGUUGGAUCCUUUAUCCUAGAAGGUCUGUAACCAGUUGGAAACUCAUGUUCUUGUGUACCUUUGUAAUUUAAUCUUAUGAACUUGUACCUUUAGAAGUGACCACAAUUAUGAUGUGAUUACUGCACCCCAGCCAUACGCUUAGGAUGUUUUAUAGAACAUUAACUGUAAUAUAAAUACACUGUAUAGAUCAUAGUCUUUGUCUGUAUAGCAGCUCAUCCGCUAGAUGUACAUGUAUUUAAGGCAUAAAUAGAACUUGGCUCCUGAGUUAUGCAAAAAGUACAAGAUGAGACAAACAGUUUAUAACCUAUAAAUAAUGCAGCUUUCUAUA